GCCAUUUUGAAGCCGGCAGGGGGACCGGGGCGAGCUGCGGAAGGGGAGGGGGCUCGAGGCGAUUGGCUGCGGCUCCGGCGGCAGCUCCUCGGCGAGCCCCGAGCGGCGGCGGCGGCGCGGAGCGGAGCGGACCCGAGCGGCGGCUGCGGCGGGAUCUAAAAUUGUGAAAUCAUGGCUCAUUCGAAGACGAGAGCCAACGAUGGAAAAAUCACAUAUCCUCCAGGAGUCAAAGAAAUCUCUGAUAAAAUAUCUAAAGAAGAGAUGGUGAGAAGGUUAAAGAUGGUUGUGAAAACUUUCAUGGAUAUGGACCAGGACUCUGAAGAAGAAAAGGAGCUGUAUCUAAAUCUUGCCUUACAUCUUGCUUCAGAUUUUUUCCUCAAGCAUCCUGAUAAGGAUGUACGUUUGCUGGUAGCAUGUUGUCUUGCUGAUAUUUUCCGAAUUUAUGCUCCUGAAGCUCCGUACACUUCACCAGAUAAACUAAAGGAUAUAUUUAUGUUCAUAACAAGGCAACUAAAAGGUUUAGAAGAUACAAAAAGCCCCCAAUUUAAUCGCUAUUUUUAUUUACUUGAGAAUAUUGCUUGGGUGAAGUCUUACAACAUAUGCUUUGAAUUAGAAGAYAGCAAUGAAAUUUUUACACAGUUGUACAGAACACUGUUUUCAGUAAUAAACAAUGGUCAUAAUCAGAAAGUGCACAUGCACAUGGUUGAUCUUAUGAGCUCUAUCAUCUGCGAGGGAGAUACUGUGUCACAAGAACUUUUGGAUACAGUUUUAGUUAAUCUGGUGCCAGCACAUAAGAACCUAAACAAACAAGCCUAUGAUUUGGCAAAGGCUCUACUGAAGAGGACAGCUCAAGCAAUUGAGCCAUACAUUACUAAUUUUUUCAAUCAAGUUCUCAUGCUUGGGAAAACAUCAAUUAGUGACCUGUCUGAGCACGUGUUUGACUUAAUUCUGGAGUUAUACAAUAUUGACAGUCACCUCUUGCUUUCUGUUCUACCACAACUUGAAUUCAAACUUAAGAGCAAUGACAAUGAAGAACGCCUGCAGGUUGUAAAACUUCUGGCCAAAAUGUUUGGGGCAAAGGAUUCAGAGCUGGCAUCUCAAAACAAGCCACUUUGGCAGUGCUACUUGGGAAGGUUUAAUGAUAUCCACGUACCCAUUCGGCUCGAAUGUGUGAAAUUUGCGAGCCACUGCCUUAUGAACCAUCCUGAUCUAGCAAAAGACUUAACAGAAUAUCUUAAGGUGAGGUCACAUGAUCCUGAAGAGGCCAUUAGGCAUGACGUUAUAGUUUCCAUAGUUACUGCUGCCAAAAAAGAUCUUUUGCUUGUCAAUGAUCACCUCCUCAAUUUUGUCAGAGAACGAACACUGGACAAGCGGUGGAGAGUGAGGAAAGAAGCCAUGAUGGGACUUGCACAGAUAUAUAAGAAAUAUUCCUUACAGUCAGAAGCAGGGAAGGAAGCUGCAAAACAGAUUUCAUGGAUCAAGGACAAACUUUUGCAUAUAUAUUAUCAAAACAGUAUUGAUGACCGGUUACUCGUUGAACGCAUUUUUGCUCAGUACAUGGUCCCUCACAACCUGGAAACGAACGAGCGCAUGAAGUGUCUGUACUACCUUUAUGCAACGCUGGAUUCAAAUGCUGUGAAAGCAUUGAAUGAAAUGUGGAAAUGUCAGAAUCUGCUACGACAUCAAGUAAAGGAUUUAGUUGAUCUGAUAAAACAGCCCAAAACAGAUGCCAGCAGUAAAGCUAUAUUCUCAAAAGUGAUGGUUAUAACAAGAAACCUUCCUGAUCCAGGCAAAGCUCAAGAUUUCAUGAAAAAGUUUACACAAGUUCUAGAAGAUGAUGAAAAAAUAAGAAGUCAGUUAGAAAUGCUUGUUAGCCCAACRUGUUCUUGCAAACAGGCUGAAGGAUGUGUGAGAGAGAUUACAAAGAAGUUGGGCAACCCCAAACAACCAACAAAUCCUUUUCUGGAAAUGAUAAAGUUUCUUCUGGAGAGAAUUGCUCCUGUUCACAUUGAUACUGAAUCCAUUAGUGCUCUUAUCAAGCAAGUAAAUAAGUCUAUAGAUGGAACAGCUGAUGAUGAAGAUGAGGGUGUACCUACUGAUCAGGCAAUCAGGGCAGGCCUCGAAUUGCUGAAGGUACUUUCAUUUACACACCCUAUCUCAUUUCAUUCAGCUGAAACUUUUGAAUCACUUCUGGCUUGCUUAAAAAUGGAUGAUGAAAAAGUGGCAGAAGCCGCUUUACAAAUUUUUAAAAACACAGGAGGCAAAAUUGAAGAAGACUUUCCUCAUAUAAGAUCUGCUUUGCUUCCAGUCUUGCAUCAUAAAGCUAAGAAAGGACCCCCUCGUCAAGCCAAGUAUGCCAUUCACUGCAUUCAUGCCAUAUUUUCCAGCAAAGAAACACAGUUUGCACAGAUAUUUGAGCCACUGCAUAAGAGUUUGGACCCAAGCAAUUUUGAGCAUCUCAUUACACCGUUGGUUACCAUUGGUCAUAUAGCCAUGCUAGCACCUGAUCAGUUUGCUGCCCCCUUGAAAUCUUUGGUUGCCACUUUUAUUGUUAAAGACUUGCUGAUGAAUGACAGGCUUCCAGGGAAAAAGACAACAAAACUUUGGGUUCCRGAUGAAGAAGUUUCUCCUGAAACACUUGUUAAAAUUCAGGCUAUCAAGAUGAUGGUUCGAUGGUUGCUAGGAAUGAAGAACAACCACAGUAAAUCAGGAACAUCUACUUUGAGGUUGCUAACGACAAUAUUGCACAGUGAUGGGGACUUGACAGAACAGGGGAAAAUUAGUAAACCAGAUAUGUCUCGCUUGAGGCUGGCUGCGGGGAAUGCUAUUGUGAAGCUGGCCCAGGAACCCUGUUACCAUGAAAUCAUCACCCUAGAGCAGUACCAGCUGUGUGCACUAGCCAUAAAUGAUGAAUGUUACCAAGUGAGACAAAUAUUUGCUCAGAAACUUCACAAAGGCCUUUCUAGGCUACGGCUGCCACUAGAAUAUAUGGCCAUUUGUGCACUGUGUGCGAAGGACCCCGUGAAGGAGAGGAGAGCUCACGCGAGGCAGUGCCUCGUGAAGAACAUAAACGUGCGGAGGGAGUACCUGAAGCAGCACGCAGCAGUCAGUGAAAAACUCUUGUCUCUCCUACCAGAAUAUGUUGUUCCUUACACUAUCCACCUUCUAGCUCAUGACCCAGAUUAUGUUAAAGUCCAGGACAUCGAACAGCUCAAGGACAUCAAAGAAUGCCUGUGGUUCAUACUGGAAAUAUUGAUGGCUAAAAAUGAAAACAACAGUCAUGCAUUUAUCAGAAAAAUGGUGGAAAAUAUCAAACAGACUAAAGAUGCUCAAGGACCAGAUGAUCAAAAAAUGAAUGAAAAACUCUACACAGUCUGCGAUGUAGCAAUGAAUAUCAUUAUGUCAAAGAGCACAACGUACAGUUUGGAAUCCCCUAAAGACCCAGUACUUCCAGCCCGAUAUUUUACUCAACCUGACAAGAAUUUCAGUAACACCAAAAACUAUCUUCCUCCAGAAAUGAAGUCUUUUUUCACUCCUGGAAAGCCCAAAGCAGCCAAUGUUCUUGGAGCAGUUAAUAAGCCUCUUUCGUCAGCAGGCAAGCAGUCUCAGUCCAAAUCUUCACGAAUGGAAACUGUAAGCAAUGCCAGCAGCAGUUCAAACCCAAGCUCUCCAGGAAGGAUCAAAGGGAGGCUUGACAGUACUGAAAUGGACCAUAGUGAAAAUGAAGAUUUCACAUUAACUUCGCCAUUACCAGGGAAGAAAGCUGACAAACGAGACGACUCUGAUCUUUCAGAGAUGGAGAAACCUAGAGGAAGGAAGAAAGCAACUAUCACAGACUCAGAAGAAAAACUAGGCAUAGAUGACCUGAAUAAACUGGGGCAAGAGCAGAAAGUCCGAGGUAGUCAACGGGGAAGGAAGAGACCUGCAGUUGUCUCCGAAUCUGAUGAAACACAAUGGCAAGAGGAAAAAAGGCUAAAAGAAGAUGUGAUAGAAAGUGAGGACGAACAGAACAGCCCACCAAAGAAAGGCAGAAGAGGACGCCCUGCAAAAGCAAAUAAUGGGGGAACACCAAAGGAAGAACCACCAGCCAAGUCRUCAAAAAGGAGCAAAAAAAAGCAAACACCAGCAGCCCCAGUAGAAGAGGAGGAGGAGGAGGAAGAAAGGCAAACAGAAAACAUAGAACAAAAACCAAAAGGCAGGCAAAACAGGACACCGAAAAGAACACAACAAAGAGCAGAACCAUCUGAAACUAGUACAGUUGAAUCAGCACAGUCUACGCCACAGAAAAGACGAGGAAGGCCAUCAAAAACACCACCACCACAGCAAAAAAAAGUCCGCGCAGGACGUUCCAAACAGGCCUCYAGUAAAGAGAACGAAUCGGGUGAAGAGAUGGAUGUAUUUCAGAGUAGCUCACCUGUCAGYGAUGACAUUCCCCAGGAAGAAGUAACGGAAGAAGAGGAAGUUUCCACAAUCAAUGUGCGUCGCAGAACUUCCAAAAGGGAAAGGCGAUGAGUGACUGUGUGGUUACCGGCCUUCCAGGUGAAAACUUUGAAGAAUGCUUUUAAUAUAAAGCUUGAGACUGAACGAAGCUGUUAGUGCACGAAAUGGGGUUGCUGAAAAAAAGACAAAACCUAUUUUACUUUURCUGCCCCUGCAUUUGCAGUCCCUAGGUCAAGCUUUAGCCACACACAUGUUGAUAUCAUUAACUGUGGAUUUUUGUGAAGUGUAAUGUGCGCUGGCUUUGUAGACAUAUGAACUAAAGAAGAAAACUGUAAAUAGUUCUUUUUUAAUGUUUCUGACUUCUAAAGUGCUUGUAUAGCUUUUAUCUGCGGCUUUAAACUGACAGUGCCCCCCUGUUUAUUGGAUCUAUUGAUUUAAAAAAGAAUGGAGUUUGUUAAACCCUGAUCUCGAGCAAUAUCUGUCAGUGUUCGUAUUUGUACUCUUGUUGACAUUUAACUGUGAAAAAAUCAGUUGAACAAAUAGUGCCACUUUCUUUUGCCGCUAUUUGUUGGAAAGAAAGAAAUGAAACAAUCUUUGUUUCCUUUAUGAAUUUAACCUAGUGUUUACUUUUAGGCACCUACCUGUCAUCAGAGGUGCUAUAUUACUUUUACAGUUGAACAAUGUUGAAGAGAAUAACACAAGAGAUGCAAAUGGUGAAAGAAGCUGUUUGACUCGUUUUACACCUCAGUAUUGAUGCCAGACUUUUCUGGACUUCUAGUGGCAUUGAAAAUUCAAAAAGGAUUUAAAAUAUUUUAAUUUUAAAAGUGUGUUAUUAAAUAAUGUACUGAAUACCCUACCCAUUUUAUCUUCCCUAUCAGUUUUUAUUAAUCUACUGUAUCAAUAAAAUUCUGUAACUGAACGAGUUUUUAAUAGUCUAGUAUGUUAAUGUGUAUAGAUAUUUCCUUCUGAACAUGAUGUUCACAAAGAGCAAAUUAUUACUACAUUA